CGGCUGCGCGCGCUGCCCGCCGACGCCUUCUCCGGCCUGGAGGCGCUGGAGGAGCUGCGCCUCGUGCAGGACGGUUUCUCCAGCCUGGCGCUGGUGGCGGCCGCGCUGUCGCCGCUGGCGCUGCCGUCGCUGCGCGCGCUCGACCUCAGCGAGAACCCGCUGGCCGCCGUGGGCGCCGGCGACCUGGCGCCCCUGGCCGGGUCGCCGCUGCGCGAGCUGCGCCUCGACAGCUGCCAGCUGGACUUCGUGCACAGCGCGGCGCUCAGCCCGCUGCGAAACCUCAGCACCCUCUCCCUCAGCGGUAACGCCCUCAACGAGUCCACGCUCACGGAGCUCGUGUCGGCACUGGUCGAAGGUAACUCGUCGCUGCGCGUGCUGGAGUUGUCGGGCGCGGGUUUCCAGAAGCGGCCGCCGCCGGAGCUGCUGUCGGCGGUGGGCCGGUCGGGCGUGACGAACCUGUCGCUGGCGGGCAACCGCUUCCAGACGCUGUCGGCGGGCGCGUUCCCCGCCAUGGCGCGGCUGCGCCACCUCGACCUGGGCGACGUGGCCGCCGUGUCGGUGCAGGAGGGCGCGCUCGACCCCGCGCUGCUGCCCCGCCUGAGCACGCUGCUGCUCGGCGGCAACAGCCUGCCCGGCGCCUCGGCCGGCUGCCUGCUGCCGCAGCUGCACUCGCUCGACCUCUCCGCCAACUCGCGCGAGAAGCCGUCCCCGUCCGUCUUCGCCCUCGGCGAGAACAGCUUCGCCCACAUGCACAACCUCUCCUACCUCAACCUGUCUUACAAUAACAUACACUUCCUGCUCAAAGACACUUUCGGUGGCCUCACCAACCUGGACCAGGAACUCUCCCUGAAGCACGGCCACAUUUCUAGGAUCGAGGUGGGUGCCUUCCACGAUCUGAACAAACUGCGCUUCUUGACACUGGAGGACAACCGCCUGUCGGGAACCAAUCUCACGGAGGGAGUGUUCCGAGGACUGGACAGCCUCGAAGUACUCCUGCUGGGGAACUGCGGUAUCACGCACCUUGCCGACGACCCGAGUGUGUUCGUCCACCUCGUGAGUCUGCAGUACCUGAGCCUGGAGCGAAACGGCAUACACAGCAUCAGUGGCGCCGUUUUCGCGCCCCUCACGAAUUUACUGGGAAUCGAUUUGUCCCACAACGAGCUAGAGUCGUGGAAGAGAGGACGGCUGUUCGACAACAAUUCGAGGCUGGACACUGUGCUGCUCUCGUUCAACAGGAUGACGUACCUGUCUCCCGCCAUGCUGGACGACUUCUCCGGUCGGGCGCGCGUGGAGUUGGGGGACAACCCGUUCAUCUGCUACGCGCCGCUGUACAAGAACGUCAGGGAGUGGCUGAGCGCGAACGGGGGCAGCGCAGGGAACUUGAGUGGCGAGGCGGCUCCCGCGUGCUACUCUCCGGACGCGUGGCGCGACCGCAACCUCUCGCAGUUCUUGCAGGCGCUGCAGGACGGAACCGCCGCGCCGGUGAAGACCUCCGCCUGGUGGCCCGGCGCUGUCGGCGGCUCCCUGCUGGUGCUGGUGCUGCUGGUGGCCGCCGUGUGCUACAACCAGCGCGCCUACCUCCGCUACUGGCUCUUCCUGGCGCGCACCGACCUCCUGGGCCGGUCGUGCGCCGGCCGCGCCGACGGCGCCCUGCAGUCGUACACCAACUACCAGUACGACGCCUUCGUGUCGUACAGUAGCGAGGACCGCAACUUCGUGGUGCGGCUCGUGGCGAUGCUCGAGAACUACGAGCCGUUCCUCAAGCUGUGCGUGUUCGAGCGCGACUUCCAGGUGGGCUCGGCCAUCUCGGAGUGCGUGCUGCAGUCGGUGGCGCUGAGUCGGCGCACCCUGCUAGUGGUGAGCGACGCGUUCGCGCGCUCGCAGUGGUGCCGCUGGGAGGCGACGCUGGCGCAGCACCAGCGCAUCUUCGGCGACGAGGGCGCGCUCGUCAUCGUCAAGCUGGGCGAGGUGCCGGGCGCGCACCUCACGCCCACGCUGCGCCACCUGCUGCGCACGCGCCUCUACCUCGAGUGGGACCCCGAGCCCGCCAAGCAGCGCCUCUUCUGGCAGAAGCUGCGCGCCGCGCUCUCCCCGCCCGCCAUCGCCGUCAAGGCUGGCGACCAGUGACGUCACGGCGUCUCUCUGUCCAACCAGGGCUCGCGGGCCACUUGGGCGGAGUAUCUUCUCGAUCAGCUGCCUUCUCUGAUCUGUGUAGUAGUGCUUAUAUCCAGGCUACUCUUUCACCACGUUCCUCGGAAUUGUACAUACGUUCGCCGUCUCACUCCACCGACUACUGGCCAUUCUGUAAUGGCCAGUCACGAUCUCAACACAUUCCUCGAUGAAGAAACAUCGACCACGGAUUAGACUCCCCUACAGCAUUCUUCAUAUUUUCGUCAUUUUCGCGAUUCCUCAUUUCAUAUUUUCGUAUUUGAGAUCUAGAUCGCCCCUUCGAUCCUGGUUCGACGGAGCUUCUCAGGACCAAGCUGUCUUCCUUCCCCUGUGUUUCUUUUGUUGUGUCGCAGUGUCAAUUGCACCAAAAUUUCUUCACGACUGAUUUCAGCUCUUGGCCAUUUUCACGGUUUUUCAACUGAAUAACAGCAGUCACUCUGACUGUUGCAGUGUGCCAGAUGCACGGACAGCGGUAGUUUGAGUGUAUGUGGUGCAACUAAUAAAAAUAAAUGUCGUGUGACUUGGUCCUCCCGUCGGGUAGACCGUUCACCGGGUGCAAGUCUUUUGAUUUGACGCCACUUCGGCGACUUGCGCGUCGAUGGGGAUGAAAUGAUGAUGAUGAUUAGGACAACACAACACCCAGUCCCUGAGCAGAGAAAAUCUCCGACCCAGCCGGGAGCGGAACCCGAGCCCUUAGGAUUGACAUUGUGUCGCGCUGACCGCUCAGCUACCGGGGGCGGACUGCGGUGCAACUGACAGAUGGGCUCCCGUUGUUCUUUUGCAAACACUUGAAAAUGGCUUAAGAGCUGAAAUCAGUCGUGGAGAAAUUUUGGGAGACUGUUGCUGCCGGUUGAAUAAAAAUACUGGAGGUUACGAUGUCCAGUUUCCCAGCAAAAUAUUCCAGACAAUAACAUUGUAAUGACUGUGUUUCAAGUAUCUACCUAAGGAAAGACUGAAAAUUAGUACAAGGAAUUUUCAGUAAAGACUAGUAGGAAUUUUCAGUAAAGACUAGUAGUCAUUUUCUAAAAACUCUAUUUCAGAGGUUCAAUAUUCUGUCCACCCAAUGUGAUUCAAUUCUACCAUCACCGUUGUCGCCCCUCGAAGUCGUGAUGAAGGUCGUCCUCGCCUCUUAAACGCUACUGCCAGGGUUUCAUUACCUAAAAGUCUCAUGGUAUCACAUGUAUCUCUGCUACAAUUUGGGUAACGUGAGGCCUGGUAUUAGCUGAUGAAGCUUCCACCGUCCAACAGAUAUUUGGUCUUCUUUGGAAUGUGACCCAUCAUCAGUUGGCUCAUAAUGUUUUGCUACCGUGCAUCACCCUCAUCUCCAACAUACUGUUUCCAAUAGCAGAACACAAACAACACGAUUCUCCUAUUGAUCUGCGAUAAACAGUCGUGGUAUCCAGAGUGUGCAUAUUCUAGACAUGUGAAAAGGUUCCUUUAAAAGAGUGUGAACACUUCCAGAAUACCAUCAAGCUGUCUAAUGUUGAGUCGCGAUCACUGCGAAUAAUAACGGCCGCAGUACUGACUGUUGUACCUUCAAAGACCGUCAGAGGUGUGCCUCCGCAACGUUCCCGGCUAUUUUUAAAAGCCCUGUGCCAACGAAAACGCCCUGUAAGGGACAUGGCACACUGACCAAAAGUUCUCUACAACUCGUCACAUAUUACACAACCAUUUAUGUCCAGACGAACACAAAAAUUAUAUCGUGUAACGCUUCUCACGAAACUCGAACACGUUAAAGUUUUAAAGGCGAGAAAAAUGCACAGACACUUCGAUUCCCUGCUCCAGCUCAUAGCGAGAGUGCUGGAAGCACGACAGCAGAGUCUAUCACGUAGGUUGCUUCGACAGUGAUAGGUGGCCCAUUUACUCGCUACCCGUUAUUCAGAGAGUUAGGAAAGAAAAUAGCAACAUGAACCCGGCUGAAAAAUCAUAAACCUGGAAAUUUCCAAUUUCACCGGAAUACAGAAAUAUAGUCCAUGUAUUGUGGUAUAAAUUGUGAGACAAUUUGACUUCCAGGAUUUUACGUUUAUACUGAUAUUCUGUGUGAAUUACCUGUAAAUGGUACGGAGCUCUCUGUUGACGUAUAUAACCGAAGUUUAGAACUUGUCCACUUUUGAAAGAAAAACCUCUGGAUUUUGGCCUUAUUAAAGUAAAUAUUUUUUUCUUGUAUACUUUACAAAAAUCUGUUGUGCGGUUUCAAGGCGUAUUUUCCUGGUCAACUUACCUUGUGUUUGUAAUUGAUUCCACAACGCUGAAAAUAUUGACUUUGAAAAUAGUGCACUUUUCUAUCUUUGAAAUUAAAAUCAUCAUUGACACAAUCUGCUGAAUUCUGUGUAUCAUUUUGCUGUACUCGUAUUUACCAUGAAUCGAUUUUUGUGAUGUAUGGGGAGCAACUGACUUUCUAACAAUUAUGGAGAAGGCGUAUCCUGAGCAGAAGACUCUUGUAUAUACUUUUUCUAAAUUUGUUUAAUCUUUAGGUACUGCUAUGAUGUAGAGUUAUGGACAUCGAUUCCCAUGUCAAGUGUCGACCAAUUCUUAUAAGACUGAUAACAAUAUUUUAAAAUACGUUACUCUUACUGUAUAUGUGCUUGUUGAUUUGCUAUGUAAAUGACAUUGCAAAAACUUUGACUUACUAUUUAGUUGAGACAUGCAGUGACUUGUUAUUAUACAGCGCCAUUUUGAGUGUUGUGUACUGUCUGUGAUAAGGAAAUGUAACACGGUGCUUUUCUAUUACUAUUUCUUAUGUAUAUAAUCCACAGCGUUUGCGUUACUUUGUGUUAAGACAUGAAACUGAUGAUACACUUAGACUGGAUUAAAUGUGCCUUGUCUCCGAUAUUUCGAUAUGACACUUGUUUAUUAAACAGUUGCAGGACAAAUUACUGUAAUCUAAAUUUGGUUUAUAAAUCAGAAAUGUAUUGUGCUAAACAUUCCAUUUUAAAUUUCACGCUUUGAGCCAAGUGCAGUUUACAAGCACUACAUAUAAUUAUGAUUACAGUUCGUUAUUAUGAUACCAGUAAACUGGACAAUGCACUUUUGGUUUGGUUUCGAUAUAUCUCUUCCUAUUUCAUUGAUUCCAUCUUGAUGUUUUUUUGUGUAAGUGGUAUGUUACUUUAAUAAUAUGCUGUUAUUUAAAAACAAGA